GCAGCCUCGCUGGAAGGGGGCCGGGGUGGGGUCCUCCUGUCUCCAAGGCGCCCUUGAGUGGGUCACAAGGCGGAGCUCCCAGGCUCGGUGGGCGAGCGAUUCGAAGGAAAGUCAGCACGCCGUCCGUGAGAGGUCGUAGGGGAAGAAGAAGAAGGAAAAAAAAAAAGAAGACGACGGACGUCUCUGUCCUCCAAUCGGAGGGCGGGGAUGGCUAAGCGCUGGCCAAUAGGCACCGAGCUCGGGGCGCGGGGCGCGGCCUAGCCAGCGCAGCCCGCUUUCUGAGGGCUUCUUUCUCCUCAAGCGAGGCGGGGAAAGCCGGGAGGAGGAGGAGAAGGCGCCGCCCCGCCCCGUCUUCUGCCCCCUCUCUCUCUCCCCAACCUCCGCUCGGGCCGCGCCACCGGCUGGAGGGUUCGCGGGGAGAGGCUUCGUCAGGGCAUCGACUGGUCAGCGAGGCGUGGCAGGAAUGUUCCACCCACUUCAGUGGAGGCCUCCCUCCAGCUUUUAUUCCCUCUACGCAAACUCAUCCCGUUUCAUCAGCUAUGAAGGGAAGCCACGGAACGUGUGGUGGUGGAAUGAGGACUUCCUGAAGGGCAAGUACCAGUGGCUGCUUACGUGGCUUCGGAAAGGCUCCGAGCAAGACCCGGGGCAGAAGAGCCUCCUCUCCCUGCUGGCCAAUCAGUGCAGCUACGUGACCAGCCAGAGAAUCAGGCGUGCUCAGCAAAUCACUCAGCUGUACAGUAACAUUUACUCCGAGAGGGCGCGCAAGAGCCUCUUCUCUUCCUUGUGGCGCCGGUUCCGGGGUCAUCAUGCCAACGCCUGCAAGCUGAUGGCAGCCCUCACUGGAGUGUUCCUGUGGGAAGAGGAGAGGAUCAAAGAAGAGGAGCUGAAGAGGUAGGUGGUCUUCUCCCCUUCCUUCUCUGGCUCACCGUGUGUGUGUGUGUGUGUGUGUGUUGCUGGUGGACGGGGCUCUCCCUGUGUUGGUAACAGGGCACAUCGUAACCCAAUUUCCUUUUAAUUCCUCGGUGACCAGGGCAGGAUUAUCACUGGGAGGGAAGAGAUUUUCUGUUAGCUCUCGUACAUCCAGCAGGUGCCUUGAGUCAGGUUUCUCUUGGGUGCCAUAAUUACCAGUCAAGCUGGCCGUUGCUGUAGAGCGGGAGUGUCCAGCCUUGGCGGCUUGAAUAGGGUAGGGAUAGAAUAG